AUGGCAAGGACAAAACAAACGGCAAGAAAGUCCACAGGAGGAAAAGCUCCAAGAAAACAACUCGCUUCGAAAGCAGCAAGAAAAUCAGCUCCCGUAUCAACUGGUAUAAAGAAACCCCACAGAUAUCGACCAGGAACAGUUGCCUUAAGAGAAAUUAGAAAAUUUCAGAAAUCAACGGACUUGUUAAUAAGAAAAUUGCCAUUUCAAAGAUUAGUAAGAGAAAUUGCACAAGAAUAUAAAACAGACUUAAGGUUUCAAUCACAAGCAGUUUUAGCAUUACAAGAAGCAGCUGAGGCAUAUUUGGUAGGACUUUUUGAAGAUACCAACUUGUGUGCAAUUCAUGCAAAAAGAGUUACUAUCAUGCCAAAGGACAUUCAGUUAGCUAGACGUAUACGUGGGGAGAGAUCUUAA